AUGCCGAAGAUCAAGCUGCCGCGGAAUGUCCGCGACCUCGUGAAGAAGGCGAACGCCGGGUCUGGAGAUGCGGCGUGGGAUCUCUCCUUGCACUACCGCAGAGGGACCGGCGGCGUGGAGAAAAACGACGAGCUCGCACGUCACUGGCUCGAGAGGGGCGCGGAGCUGGGGAACUUUCACGCGCAGUGCGACCUUGGCGUCAUUCAUUACGACGCAGGGGAAUACGAAGUCGCGCGUGAAUGGUUCGAGAAAUCCGCGGCGCAGGGUCACCCUAUUGCCGAGGCCAACCUCGGGGUAUACUACGAGAAAGGCCACGGCGUCGAGCGAAACAUACCGAAGGCGGUGGAGUUUCUCUUGAGAGCCGCGAAGAAAGGGUGCGGUGACGCCCAAAACAACUACGGGCUUUUACUCUCCAAAGAGAUGCACGAACACGAAGAAGCGAUGAAGUGGUUGGAGAAAAGCGCGGCGCAAGGCUACGCGGAAGCCAUGUGCAACAUCGGGACGCUCUACCACGACGGCAAAGGUGUGCCGCGAAACUUAUUGAAGGCGCGGGAGUGGUGGCAAAAAGCCGCCGAAAGGGGGCACGAAGGUGCGAAGAAAUAA